CGCGUCACGCAGAGGCCGCCCGCCGGACUGCAGGAAGUGAAGUCGACCUGGCGGCUGCUGGACGAAAAUAAAACGCCGGCUGCGACUUGUCUGGAGGCCGCGGCGGAGCUCCAGGUGAGGCCCGAGCACUGGACUGUGUCCCGCUGACUCGAGUGGCGUCGGUGUCGUUUUCUCCGGCAGCUGGCGGCCUGUGUCACCCGGAGCGACGGCGCUCAAGUCCGGCGCUCGGUCGGUGGUGGGGCUGCCGGUUCUGUCCGGGACGCCCGCCUCCAGUUGAAUUUCAGAGAAGCAGUCUCUUAGGAGAAUGUUGCCAAGUACUUCAGUGAGUUCUCUAGUGCAGGGGAAUGGAGCAUUAAAUUCCAGGGAUGCAGCAAGACACACAGCUGGAGCAAAACGCUACAAAUACCUGAGAAGGCUUUUUCGGUUUCGGCAGAUGGACUUUGAAUUUGCUGCCUGGCAGAUGCUGUACCUCUUCACUUCCCCACAGAGGGUUUAUAGGAACUUUCAUUAUCGAAAACAGACAAAAGAUCAGUGGGCCAGAGAUGACCCAGCCUUCCUGGUCCUAUUAAGUAUCUGGCUUUGUGUGUCCACUAUAGGAUUUGGCUUUGUGCUGGACAUGGGAUUUUUUGAAACGAUAAAGCUUCUCCUUUGGGUUGUAUUCAUAGAUUGUGUAGGCGUUGGUCUUCUCAUAGCAACUUUAAUGUGGUUCGUCUCUAAUAAGUACUUAGUGAAGCGGCAGAGCAGAGACUAUGAUGUGGAGUGGGGCUAUGCUUUUGAUGUGCAUCUGAAUGCUUUUUAUCCUCUUCUAGUUAUUCUACAUUUUAUCCAGCUUUUCUUCAUUAACCAUGUUAUCCUAACAGAUACAUUUAUUGGUUACUUGGUUGGGAAUACCCUAUGGCUGGUUGCUGUUGGCUAUUAUAUCUAUGUAACAUUCCUAGGAUACAGUGCAUUGCCAUUUUUGAAAAAUACAGUAAUUCUUCUCUAUCCAUUUGCACCACUCAUUCUACUCUACGGACUGUCACUAGCGCUUGGCUGGAAUUUUACCCACAUGCUGUGUUCUUUCUAUAAAUACAGAGUGAAAUAAAAAGAGUGCGUCUGACUACUGUCAACAAUAUUGGUAAAGUGAUGAUUUCUCAUGAAACUUGUACAUAAACUCACUGUGGAUAUUGUAGAUAUCUUAAAGUUUGAAAAUUUGAGGAAAUAUGUAAAUAUUAUGAAGUACAUUCCUUAAAACUAAUUACAUAUACAUUUCUAUAAUAAAUAUUUUUAAAGUGAA